CUCGACGGCAGCACUCUCGGUCAAACAUUACAAACCCAUUGAAGCGGGCAAUAGUGGCCAACAGAAUUUUUCUUGCUAACUUUCCCACUAUAGUAUCCUCCAACCCUCCCGGGAGGUAUUGGUUGAUCAGAGACCUAUGGUGGAGGACAAGUGGAAGACAGCCUAAAAAAGAACAUAUUUCUCACAACUUGACCAGGCUUUUGCCGCAUUUAGUCUCGCAGGAUUGUUUUUGAUGUCUCCGCUAUCGGUUUUCGUCCGAGAUGUUUUACCCCAGACAGCCAGCCACAUUCAUCCCGCAAGUAGUCGGAGAACAAGCUUCAUGGGUUCCAAGCUGCAUAGCCGAGUCUCAGGGGAUGGCGAGGACAAUGGCAUUCAAUCUGGAAGUGGAUGUGAACAGUGCAGCCACAAGACGGCAAGUGCACGGACAUGCAGCGGUCCAUCGCGUCUUCAGCGCCUCGCGCACCACUGAAAAUCAGCGAGGCUUUCCUUCAGGGGGGUCAAUUCAGCCUAUGAGCAGACCGCACCGAGAAAAAACACCAGCCAGUCAUUUCUUGAAAUUAGGAUGCGCGAGACCAAUUCGACAGAUUUAUGCUCAACUCCACCGUUCAAAUUCGCCCUCGUACCGCCGAGCUGUCUGGAUGGCCUGUGACUCCGGUCUGGUGUUUCUCCCACCGACCAGGGAGGGCAUUGAGCCUUGGACGAGGCCCGGCUCGUGGCACGGAACGCGACGAGGUGCAACAUGCUGCUCAAGUUCUCAACGGCUCGUGGAGCCUGAAGUUGUCCGAAAAGUGCCUGCUGAGGUAAGCCUGUUACAGGGUAGUGACAGGGAACGUGCCCUAGCCUCGAUAAGAAGCCACCGACUCCAGAGCCAGUUUAUUUGAGGAAAAUGGCGAGAAGAGGCUGACGGCACGAAAGGACGGCGGCGGAUCUUCUACGCUGAUCUUUGCUUUAUCAACUCCUCCCACGGUGCCACCAUACGGCGCAAUUUCGAUGCUACGAUAAUGGAAGCCAAGCCAAAAGCAAAAGGAU